GUUAUCCCCUCAUAAAUAUACCAUUACCGGGCACAAUACCAACGAAAAUCGUAUUACCUUUUGAAGGUAAAUAUUCGCUCUUUGGAGAAGGUGACAAAAACUUUUCAGUAGUCAAAAAUAUUUUCAAUGUGAACAAUGUUAGCUAUGAUCCACCCUUGCCGUGGACGCAAAGUUCGCCAAUGCUAUACGUCCAACAGAUAACUCUACGUUCCAGUGUAUUACCGUGGACCGAAGAUAUGCAUUUGAUGGAUGCGUUUCGUGCGCCACUCUACGAGGUUUUUCGUUUGCUUGAAAUUGUACGAAAUCACGAAAGCGAAGAAAACAAACGUACACUUGACAAAAUUUGCUUACAUGUCGACAAUGUUAAGCGUGUGCAGAAUGAGCAAAUAUUUCCGGAGUAUAAUUGCUUGGUGUUGUCGCCAGCGAACAUUUGGGGACAGAAUGUCCACAAUUUCACCAGGGACACCAACAUAUUGAAUACAAUAUUCCAGUAUCAUGUAAGAUAUAUAAAUAUACCUACUAUACCAUAUAACUUAUUUACAAUAUCUGUAUGUAUUUAA